AUGGAUGUCAAGAGUGCUUUUUUGAAUGGGAUGUUGCAAGAAGAGGUAUAUGUUGAACAACCAAAGGGUUUUGUUGAUCCUCACAGACCGGAUGAUGUCUACAAGUUAAAGAGAGCGCUUUAUGGUUUGAAACAAGCUCCUAGGGCUUGGUAUGAUAGAUUGACUGCAUAUCUCACUGAGUAUGGAUUCAAAAGGGGAUUUGUGAAGCAAAUGGACUCAGGAAUCUACAUCAACCAAGCAAAGUAUGCAAGAAAUCUAGUCAAGAGAUUUGGGCUUAACAAGGCUGCCCAUGCUAGAGCACCAAUGGCUGCAAAUGUAAAAUUAACCAAUGAUCCAUCAAGUGAGUUUGUUGAUGUUACAUUAUAUAGAAGCAUGACUGCAAGUCGGCCUGAUAUUGCUUUUAGUGUUAGUGCCGGUAAUGCCGAUGAUAGAAAAAGCACCACUGCUUCUUUGGAUGAAAAAGUUUUUGAGUGA